GAGAAAGUUCAAAACUUAGAAUCUGAUAAAUAGGAAAAAGAAUAGAAUAUCAAUCAAUUGAAUGAAAAAGUUCAAAACUUUGAAUCUGAUAAAUAAGAAUUGGAAUAGAUCAAAUCUGAAUAAGAACAAACUAUCAAUUAAUUUAAAGAGAAAGUACAUAUCUUAGAAUCAGUUAAAUCAGAAUUGGAAUAGUAGCUAACACAUUUAAGUUAAACCUUAGAAUUAUAUAACCAAAACUAAAUUUCAACAUUUUUACUUGCAAAUCAUUCUUUUUCAUUACUAGAAUAACUUUAACAAAUUGUUGCAAAUGCUAAUGAUUUAAUGAUUGAAAAAGGAUUUGUGAGUCUUGAUUUAAGAGAAGUCGAAUCUAUUUGCUCGUCAUAAUAUUAAUAUUUAUUAAAAUUAAUGCAAAUACUUUCUCCUAAUUUUAUUCCUUAAUAAUAAUUUAUUAAUAAUGAUUAAAAAUUUCAUUCAAUUAAAAACGAUAUAGAUUAAUAGCAUACUUUAAAUACCAUUAACUCUAAUCAAAAUAUUAAAUUAGAUGCGAACUCACCUUAGAAAACAUUCUGUCUUUAACAUUAAAUUAAUGCAGAAAUUGAAAUGCCAAACAUCCUAUAGAAAAUUGAAUAUAUGCAAAACAAUAUCAAUUUUCUUAAUGAAGCGUUAUUAAGCACUAAAUAGUAAAACACAAAAUUAACAAAAGAUUUUAUUGAUUUGAUUUUAGCUCAUGACAAAAUAAUACUAAGUCUUCAAACGGAAUAAUCUUAAUAAUAAAGUUUAGAAGUUAAUAACAUAAUAACAGAACAAUAAGAAAUUUUCUAAAACAUAUUAAUAUCUGAUUAAAAAAACACAAUAGAACUAACCAACCCUGAAGAACUAAAAAGAGUAAUUAAAAAUCAGCAAUUGCAGUUAGAUUAAAUGAGUCGCAGAGCGUAAAUGAAGAUUUAACAUCUAUAAUAAUAAAUAGAUUUACUUUCUUUAGACCUAAAGUAGCAAUAGAAGCUUCGCCCUGUUAUUAAUGUUAAUGAUACACUUUUGGAGAAAAUAACAUCUUUGGAAAACUUUAAUGAUUAAAUGAGAUAAAUCAUAACAUCUAAUACAACCGAGAUUUAAAAUCUGAAUGAUUAGAUCCAACAAAAGAACAGAUGUAACAAAUUUUCAUAUUUAGAUUUUAAUAAUGAAUAAGAAUUAUAUAAAAAGUCUUUAGAAUAAUUGCAAAAAUCAUAAUUAUCAUAUAUUAAUCAGAUUGAGGAUAUGACUUAAGAGAUAAUUAAAAAAAAUACUGAAAUAAGUUCUUUAAAAGAAGAGAUUUAGACUUUAUAAUAAAAUAACUAGAGAUUGACAGAACAACAUGAAUUAAAUAACUAUUAUGAGCAAUAAAUGAAAAUGCUUUAAAAUUAAUUGGAAAAAUCGAAAUAAAAUAUUCAAUCAUAUUCCUUUGCAAACUCUCCAUAAGUUGAAAAUAAAUCUGUUUUUGGAGAUGGAGAUAAAUAUAAAAAACUAAUAAAUAGCUUGAAUGAAGAGAUCAAACUAAGCAAACUUUAGGUUUCAUAAUUUUCAACAUCUUGCUCAGCUUUGAAGUAGGCUUAAAAAGAGAUUUCUAAUAGAUUGAGAAGAAUUUUGAGCAUACCAUUUGAUUAAAAGGCUGAUCUUUAAGAAAUGCUUAAUUAGAUUGAAGAAUAAUUCGAAUUGUUAUCUUAAUUGCAACCUAGGAAAAAAAUUAUUGGUUUUUCUGAUACAACAAAGUACUUAUUAGGUAAAAGUCCAAAAGAAUUGAAUGAAACAAAACAUAAAACAAAAUAGGUGGUUGUCGAAAAUUAGGCUAAAUCAAAAGAUAAAGACAUUUAUCAAGAAGAAAUCUCGGUUGAUCUGGAUUAAAUUUUAAAUGAAGAAGAUUCUGAAGAGGAAAGUUAAUAAAAUAUCUAAAUAACUUAAUUUGAAUAUGAAAAAUAAGUAAAUUCCAUCUUACAAGAAUAAGAUGAAUUAGAAAAGAGUAGAUAAAUAAACUAUUCAUAAAGUUAUGAUGAAGUACAUAAUGAUGAAUAGAGAAAAAUUUAGAAUAUUUAAGAACUUAAAGUAGAAAUUGCUGACUUAGAAAUAGGCUAGGUAAAUAAUUAGAAAUUAAUGCUGCAACAACAACAAGAGCAUUAAGAUUCAAUUUAUCAUUUAUAAGAAUUAAUUGAAAAUUUACAACAAAUAGUUUAAUAAUAAAACCUAAAACUGAUAAAUCAAGAAGCUGAAUUAGAAAAUCAUUUCAAAAACGAAAAAUAGCAAUAAGAAAUCAUUGCUUGUUUCUAAAAUUAAUUAGAGUAAGCCAGAAAAGAGUUGAAAUAUCAAAACCCAGAAUUUGGAGAUAAUCAAAAGGAUUAUGACCAAUCAAAAGACUUAAAAAAUACAAUCCUACUAUUAGAAUAGGAUAAAUUUGAGCUUGCAGCUUAAUUAAACGAAGAAAUCACAAGAAAUAAGGAAUAAAAGGAAUAAUUUUUUGAUUCAAUCUCAAUAAGGGAUAAUAUAAUUUAAUGUAAAUAGAAUUUUAUUAUUUUAGAUUUGUAAACAUAAUUAGCAAUAAAAUCUUCAGAUUAUGAUCCUAAAACCUCUGAAAGAAUUUGGAUAUUAUAAUCAAACAUUGAAGACAAAAGUAAGGUUUUAUUUAAUGAAGUGUUAACUCACGAGGAAGCCAGAUUUGUUAGGUCAAUUUAAGAGCAUGAAAGUGAAACAGAUGAAAAUCAAACCGUUCAAUAAUAGCAGAUACCUCGUCUACCCCUUUAGACUUAGCAAUCAAGAAUCAGAAAUCCACGACCAACAAGAGGUUUGAGAAGCAGUGGAUCAUAAGAUCAUUAUUAAAAUAAUUAAAUUAAAAUUGAUUAAAUAGAAGAAGAGUACUAAGAACAAAUUUAAUUUUUAAUUAAUGAAAAAACCCAAAUGAAGGAAUGUUUAUAGAAGGAUAUUGAAAAUAAGGAAGAAGAAAUAGAUGAAAUGAAACUGGAGUUAGAUAACUUAUAAUAAAGGUUAAUAGCUCUUGAUAUAGCUAAUAACGAUAAAUAAAAGGAAUUAGAAUAAUUAAAUCAAUAUUUAAGAAAAUUAGACAAUUAAAAUUAAAGUCUAAAAAAUUAUAAUACUAAUAUAGAAAAUCAACUAAAUACUUAACUACAAGCUUUUGAAAACUAAAGAAAGAUAGUUGAGAAUAUUCAUAGAACAAAUGAUGAAAUUUAGAAAAAAUAUGACAUAUUACUACAGAAAUAUUUAAAAUUGGAAGAUGAUCAUAAUAAACUACUUGAAUAAUAAGAAAACGAUUUAGCUUAAAUAAACUUUUAUAAUGAAUCCCUUAAAAAUAUGUAAGAUUAAGUAGAAAAGUCAAAGGAAAGAAUUUGUAAGACUGUACUAUAAUCACCUAGUGGAGAUAGGGAUUAAAAUGAAGAAAAUAAAUUUAAAUAGCAGAUAAAUCGACUUAAUGAUGAAUUAAGAAUAAGUAAAUUAUAGGUUGCUUAAUAUUCUGCAACUAAUCUGUAGUUAAAAUAAAAACAUUAAGAAUUCGUUGUUAGACUUUAACAACUUUUUAAAUUAUAAUUCUAAGAAAAUGAUGAUGUUGCAUAAAUAAUCCAUUAAAUUGAGUAGAAUGUUUCAAUUUAGGAUCAAAAUAGUCCAAUUAAAGCUUAAAAAAAAUUAGGAAUGAAUGAUGCAACUCGAUUUUUCUUAAAUAGGUCGAGUAAAUCGAGAUCGUCUUAGGAUUCUAAUAGGCCUUCAUAAUAAUAAUAAAGCUAAAUACCUUCAAGAGAAAGUCCAUAGAAGGCAGAUAAUUUAAUGUAUUUUUAUUUUAUAGGUUUUAGCGAACUUGAUAAAAUACUUGACGAAUCAGAUUUUGAGAGAGAACUAUCUUAAUAACAAAAUUUCUUUUUUGACAAUAAUUGA